GGGCGCGCUGACGUGACUCUAGUUUCGUCUGAUCCGUGGAGUCAGUAGAGCAGUCUUAGUCACGUCUGCCUGAUUUUGGAUUGUCGUUAUAGGUUAAAGUGACUCUAAAUGUCAUUCGCCUUGAUAAAUAUAAACUGCUACAAUCAAAACACGAAUAAUAGCUUAGUGACAGGCUAGCAGCGAUUCUCUAGUCUACAUUAAAUAAAUAGUUGAAUGAUAAAUAUGACAGCAGUAGCGGAUUUCACAACAGAAUCAGCAAAAGAUGUACAUUCAAAUUAUACUUCCAAAAAUCACUGGCGUCGUAUUUCACUUCCAGCUGCAUUAAAUGAGAUUCUCACAGCAUUAAGUACCCCAGAGAACGUGAAAAAAAUUGCCGAAGCUAAAGAGAAUUCUGGCAAUGAGAUGCUCAAGAUGAUGCAGUUCGUGUUUCCCAUCGUGGUUCAGAUUCAAAUUGAUAUAAUAAAGAAUUAUGGAUUCUCGGAAGGUCGAGAGGGACUUGUGCAGUUUCACCAGUGUAUCAGGACGCUGGAGAAAGAGGAUGCAGAAAUUGCCAGAUUACACAAUCAAGUGAGGGCGUAUUUCCUCCCUCCAGUGGCCAGCAGUCCUUCUGGCGAGGCCUCACUUUAAUUGACUUAAUUAUUAAUGAAUUAAUUAAGUAGGGAAUCCAUGGAAAAAUUGCCAUUAGUUAUGAACAUUCAUGUCAUUUGUUGAUCAUUGAGAAAUAGACAAUAAUGAAUUCUUAAAUACUUUAUUUUCAUAUACAAAACUCAGUCGAGUAACUUCAGUAAAUGAAUCGAAUAGUGAAGUGGUGAAGAGCAGUAUUAUUUUGGAAAUAUCUUCCAAACUGAUGGAUUCCGAACAAAAUUCAGGACUUUCUUAAUUAUGUUUUUUAUAGUCUCUUUUAGUCUUGAAAAUUAUUGACGAAACAGAGGAAUUAAUUAUCUCAAUUGUCUGCUGUUCACCAUUUCCCUACAGAAUCAAAAUUCAUCAAUUUGUUUACUCAUUCCCUGAACAAUCAUUUGCUGAUGUUAAUGCGACACACAAACAAUUAUUUCGUCACAAUUUCACAUGAUUCUUGUGGUCUAAUAAAUAGGUUCUUUUGAUAAUAGCUUGAAGCAUUUUCUUCGUAAAAGUAUAAUUAAUUAUGAGACUAAUUUUAGGUUUAAUUCUAUAAUGUUCGAAUUUUCUAUAUAUGAAAAAAUAGAAUAUUGUUGAAUAAAUUAUCAUCUGCUUGAAUUACAAUUUUUCGUUUAUAUAAUGAAGAUCUCUAAAGCUCAAUGUUUCCCUAAAUCUAUAAAUUAUUUUUUUAUUUUUUGUUGGAAAUGAAAAUUAACGAGGCUAGCUGUGGAUCAAUUGGGUCCAUUGGUGCAAAAAAAUAACAGGAAAAAUAAAGAAGUUAUGGGGGAACUUAAAAAUUUGUACAUUUAUUUGCAUAAUUAUUAUCAAUAAUAAAGUAUAUAAUAUGAUCUGCUAAAAUAUAUGAUAAUAAAUUCAAUUGUUACUUAAAUUAAUAAUAAAUUCCAGCCGUUUCUUUUAGAAUCCCUGGACAAUGAAAAUCAUAAAAUAGGUUAAUUAAUAUUUCC